AUGGUAAGUGUGUGUGUGUGUGUGUUUCUUUUGGCAGCCCCCCAGCAAGCUAAGAGGCUGACCCCCCCUGCCAUCGCCCUGCGCUCAAAAUCAAUGACUUCAGAGCUGGAAGACAUGGUGGAGAAAGCGGCCUCUCCCUGGAAGAAGAAAGCAGAGUACGAGACCUCGCAGGUGCCAGAUAAGAAAAGGACAGUCUAUCAGAUGGCGCUGAAUAAACUAGAUGAGAUCCUGGCAGCUGCUCAGCAGACAAUCAGCACCUCUGAUGGCCAGGGCCAGCGGGGUCACGGGGGCAAGAAAGACCGGAGCAAGAGCAUCGUCCCUAACGAGCACGCCUUCAACCAGUCAGCAGCCGGCAUGAUGGCGCCCGGUCCAGGGUUCGGGUAUAACCACGCCCAGUUUCCGCCCGGCCAUGGAACUCCGCACGGCGUGAUGCUGCGCCAGAAAUCAAUCGGUGUGACAGAAGAGGAGAGGCAGUAUCUUCACACGCCUGCUGUGAAACUGGCCCGGAGCCUGUCAGUCCCGGGCCCCGAGGACAUCCCGCCCCCACCUAACACCUCCGCCCCGGAGCCGCCCCUGUCUGCCGGCCCCCACUCUGGCCGGAGAGGGGAGCCGGCCAUGGCCCUACCCCCGACCUCCCAAGCCCACUACCAGCACCACUCCCAGGCCUGGGACAGAGGGGCCCCUGGGGGUGUGAACCAGAAUGUCAUGGCCCCCACCCUGCGCAGGGGAGCCCCCGGUGCCCACGCCGAGGAGCCUGAGGUGCCGAGGAGGGGCGGGGGAAAAAUGGGGGGGUUGAGGAGGGGCUACAGCAGCGCCACGCCGCCCACGAGCGCCGCGCCCAAAACGCAGGCGCCGCCAGCGCCGCAUCACCCCCAGGCGGCGACCAGGGAGCGGGGAGGGGGCGGGCAGGGCGGAGGAGCCAGGCGAGGGGGGAAGGGCGCCCUGAUGAAGCAGUCCAAGGUGGAGGACGGGCAGAGGCACCACCGCGGGGGCCAGGGCGCCAAAGGCGGCGCAUCCAAGGAGAAGAGCUCAAUCCCCAUCCCCACCAUCAUCGUCAAGGCCCCCUCCACCAGCAGCAGCGGCCGCAGCAGCCAAGGCAGCAGCAUGGAGGCGGAGCCCCCGCCCGACCCCGACGACCCCGCCUCCCCCCCAGCCUCCCCGGACAUCCCAGCCCCUGGGCAGCCCCUGCCCCUGGUCCCCACGCAGCCCCAGCCCCCUCCAGCCUCCGCCCCCCUGCCGCCAUCCUCCAGCAGCCCGUCCCUCCCCAGCCAGCACGAGCUGGAGAGCCUGGACUUCAGCACGCAGCUGGGGGCUGCGUUCGUGGGCGCGGCCCGGAGGGACCGGGAGAGGCUGAGGGACAUGAGGCGGAGGAGCGCCUCGUUCUUCCUGUCCUCCGAGGACGAUGUCCAGGGAGAGGGGGCCGGAGAGGGGGGAGGCGGGGCGAGGACACCCGUCUCCCUGGCUCAGGGCUCCCAGAUGGAAGUGCCCGCCCCCCGCCUGCGCCCCUCCAAAUCCAUCGACGAGGGCAUGUUCUCCGCGGACAACUACAUCAACUACGCCAGCAGCAUGCCGCCGGCCUUCGGCCUGCCCGAGUACUCCUCCCCCAUCCUGGGUCAGGAUGGCCAGCCAAGGUCGGCACCCUCCAACUACGGCCAGCCGACCACCACCUUCAUCCACCCGCUGACGGGGAAGGUUCUUGACCCGUCGUCGCCCCUGGGCCUGGCGCUGGCGGCCCGCGAGAGGGCCCUCAAGGACGACCGGCGCACCCGCCGCGAGGAGCGCCAUUUCGGCCGGCAGAUGUCGAGCGUGGGCUCGUUCAGCACCCCCGUCCAGACCCCGGCCCCCUCGCUGUUCCCCACGCCGACGCAGUCCGCCUACAACUCCCCCGUCUCUCUCCAUCUCACCUCUCCCUCCGCCACCCCCCUGCCGCCCUCCCUGAGCCGCCCGCAGUCGCCACGGAUACUGCGCCUGGGAGGGGGUGGCGGUGGGGGGCCCGGGGGCGGGGCCGAGAGGAUGGAGAGGGACAAGGAGGGCGGGGCCAGGGAGGGUCUCCGGGUUCGCUUUUCGGAGGACCGAACCAAUCAGUACCAGUCCCAGUUUUACCAACAGAUUCCCAGGGAGAGAGAGGUGUACGAGAGCAGGGCACCCGCUCAGCCUGUCGGCCCUGCUCCUCAGCCCACCCCUCGCAGACCCUCCUUCCUGCAGAUGGAGAGCAGCCCCAAUGCCAACUACGUCCCCCAGUACACCCUCCCCGGAGCCCCGGCCCACGCACACGAGCCCAGAGGAGAGGCAGGGGGGGCGGGGGGGCUGGGGCUCAUGGUCCUCCCUCCCCCGGCCCCCUCCAUAGACCAGGAUGACGAGUUUGUCUUUGUGGACCCUUUGCCCCCUCCGAUACAGUUUGCCAACGGCGGUUCAGAGAGGGGCCAGAGGGACCUCCAGAGGUACCCACAGCAGCACCCACACCCGGCCCAACACUCCUCCUCAGUCCCACCCCCAGCUCCGCCCCUCCCCGCCCCGAAAGUGACCACGGCCGGGGGCCUCCCCUCCAACGCGCCGCUGCCCUCCCCCCAGGCCGGCGACUCGGCCGCCUCCAGCCUCACCUCCUACGACAGCGAGGUGGCCAACCUCACCCAGUCCGCCCUCUCGCCCUCCCUCCCCUCGCCCCAGAUAUUCCCCCCAUCCACCUCCUCCAGCACCAUCCAGCCUGCCCUCUCGCUCCACAGACCCCAGCCCAUGUCCCACGCCCACCCUUACUUCAACCCCGGUAACCCGGUCAUGCCGCUGGCCCAGGACCGGGGCGCCGCCACCCUCACCACCACCAUGACCUACGCCACCACCACAAUGACCGCCACGGUCGCCGCGACGACCACCACCGCCGGCGCCGCCGCUUUGGACUACGGCGUACCCUCGGCAACCGCCAAGGCGGGCAUGGGCGCGGGCGGCAUGGCCGGAGACUAUCACCACCAACCUCACCCUCACCAUCACCCUCACCCUCACCACCACCACCACCACCCCUCCAUGGUGAAGACUGGAGACUGGCAGGACGCCGUGGUGGAUUCUGGGAUCGAGGAGCUGGACAGCCACUGCAGCAGCGACCACCCCCUGGACAUCCUGGGGGUGGGCGGAGCGAGAGGAGAGAGAGGGGGUGGAGGAGGAGAAGGAGAGGGAGAGAGAGGCGUGGAGCACACGGAUCCCUACGUGAGCUACACGGGCGGCCAGACGUUCGAGGUGCACCACAACCCCAAGUCCGCCGGCCCCGCGUACCCAAAGACUCCCCCGAGCAAGGAGAGCGCGGGGGGCGGGCGGGAAGGGGCCACGGCAGCGGUCCUCCGCCGGCAGAGCAGCACCAACCCCCCCUCCCUCCACCACCACCCGCACCGGCCGCCCCCCCAGGAAGGCGAGCCCCGGACGGAGGCGGGCGGAGCGGCAGAGGAGAAGAGACGCAAGCCGAGCCGCUCCAAGAUGGAGGAGGGCUUCGGCUCCACCCUGGCUGCCUGCCUGGAGAGACCGCAGGGAGCGGCCUGGGGGGAGGCGGCGGAGGCGGAGAGGGGCGGGGGGGUCGCCAGGGCCGGGGCCGGGGUGUCGCUGGAAGGGCGCAGGGGCCCCUCGCCCCUGGCCGGCGUGAAGGCCAGCAUCAUCAAUGAACUGAGCUCCAAGCUGCAGCAGAUGGGCAACAAAAGUCUGGAGGAGUGGAGCAACAGUCCCAGGUUGCCCAGCACGCAGAGAUUUUCGGCGGAUUUCUCCGACGUGUUCCAGAGCCCCCCCACGACCCGCUCCACCUCGCCCCUGCCCACCUCCUCCCCCCAGCACCGCCAGCAGAUCUUCGCCCCCAACCUCACCGCCACCCCCUCCGUCUCCCCGUCCUCCCAGCCCCCGCUCCAGCCCAACUGGACGCGCUCGCCCUCCCCCCAGAUGCCCACCUCCCCCAUCCACUCCCACCCCCCGACCUCGCCCACCUACUCCCCGUACCCGACGUCGCCCAAGCACCGCUCCAAGUAUCGCACCAAGACGUUCGACUUCAACCCCAGCCCGGAGAUGCGCUCGUCCGUCACGCGGCGCCGCGCCCCCAGCCCCCUCAUCUACUCCAGCGAACACGCCUCCCCGGCCCCCCAGCGGCCCUCCUCCCUCCCCAUCCUCCCCAGCACCCCCGUCUACAGCAACCCCUUUGACUUCCCGGGCCCCCUCACUCCCCCCUCCCCGGGACACCCACUAGGAGACACCUACAACCCCUCCGCCCCUCCCCUGUUCAACCUGGCCGCGACGGCCCCGCUCAACCCCCUGCUGGGCGCCCGUUCCCUCUCGCCCACACAGUUCCUGUCCGGAGCCACCUCCCCCUCCAUGCACCUGCCCCCCACCCCGCCCUGCCUCAGCUACCCCCACCUCACCCCACCGCCGCCGGCCAAGCCCUUCGCCGUCAAGCCCCUGUCCUACUGGACCAAGUACGAUGUGGCCGACUGGCUGGCCUACCUGAACCUGGGCGAGCACAGGGAGCGUUUCCUGGACAACGAGAUUGACGGCUCCCACCUGCCGUCCCUCACCAAGGAUGACUUCCUGGACCUGGGGGUGACGCGCGUGGGCCACCGCAUGAACAUCGAGAGAGCACUGAAGAAGCUGACGGACAGGUGAGGGAGGAGCGGAGCGGAGCGGAGCGGGGGGGGGACAGACUCCUCCCCCAAGGCAGCAGGUUCGGCUGGAUGGGGGGCGGGGCCGAGGAAGAGUGGAAGUGUGAGAAGGAAAGGACGGAUGGAGAAGGAAAGACGGGUGUAGCUUUCCUUCGUUGCGCGCCAGCUGGGUCCAUCCCCCUUCCCUUGGUAGAGUUUAGUCGCUAGAUGUGGUCUGAUAAGUUACUCUUUCUCUUUAUUUGCCAUCUCGAUCUUUAGCGUUCCAUCUUUCACCUCAUCCUUCUCUCUUUCUUGCUCGCUCACGCUCUCUCUGUCUCCCUCUCUCUCUCUCUCC